AAUUGUUACACAGACAAAGUAAUGUAUUCUACAGGCUCUUUAUUUAUUAUUCUACUUGAGCCUGUUAUGAAACACCUGAUGCCACGUUGCUGAAGUAUGUCAUACACUGUUCUAAUUUCACCGUUCUCAUGCUCAGUUGUCAAGCAAUUUGUUUAACAUUGAGAAUACAGCAUUAUGAUGACAGAUGCUGGUGAGUGUUAUCAUGGCUUUCCCUAUUUAUGUGGACCAGAGUGUGCAGUGUGAUAACCGUAUCACAUAGUCACACGUGUGAUACAGUGUCAAUACACAGAUAGCAGUAGACAGUCACCUGCAGCACAUCAGAGUGACAAGUGAAAAGCUUCGAAGAGAAACCCCACAACAAAACCUGAGAACAUAUUUCAACCGUGAAAACCGACUGUGUGAUAUUGUGACAUUGCAGACAGAGCCUUGUUACCAUUUGUGCCUUGUUUCGCCUGCCUUGUAUCACUCACUGCCUUCACUUCCACUUCUCAGGGAAGCUUGUCACUCCAGGAUGAAGUCACUGCCAUUCUCUUGCUUCUAGUGAUGAAAGCACAACCAGCUAUUUUUUUUAUAAGUAGACAUAAAACAAAAACAUCUGGAUGAGGAAGCAAUUUUUUAUUUUUGUUAUCUUUGAGGAAGUAUUUCUAGUCAUUGUUUUCUAGUCAUUGGUAUCAGGAACCUGUUACCAAAUAUAAACAAGGAUGUUUAACAGUGUAAAAGUGUACAUAACCCAAGCAGCUUGUUGAUAUUUAAGCUUAACUCUGUUGUACAGUUUUAUGAGUCUGAGAGAUCUCAUAAAUUGUAAAUUAUACAAGGGUUUGAAACGUUUUGAUCUUUCAUUGACAAUUUGUCAACAAAAUUUUUACCUUUUGAAUUUGACAUCAAAGAACCUGGUUCUAGUUGAUGAAAGGACUGUCUAAUAUUAUGCAAACCGUUUCCAUGAUGAAGUGGGUAGUGUUGGUGAGUGUGUUGACGAUGGCUUCAGGCUACAAACAUGUCGUCUUCAUGCAUGGUAUUCUGGCUGGCCCGUCUGAAUUUGACAAGUUUGCACAGCAGAUCAAAAUCGAUCACCCGGGCACCAACACUACACAGAUCAAUGCGUUUGUGGACGCGUACAGUCUGGAACCGAUGUGGAACCAGGUGGAGAAGAUUCAAAUCAUCUUCACUCAGAUCAUGGCCGACAACCCUGAUGGCAUCCAUCUUGUCUGCUUCUCGCAGGGUGGCUUGGUGUGUCGUGGGCUGAUGUCCCUGCUGCAACACAAUGUGGACACCUUCAUCGGUCUCAGCUGCCCCCUGGCCGGCCAGUAUGGAGAUACUGCUUACCUCAAGUAUCUAUUCCCAAACUAUGUCAAGUCAAACAUUUACAGAUAUUUCUACACUGACAAUGGGCAGAGGUGGUCUGUUGCAAAUUAUUGGUAUGAUCCACAUCAUCAAGACAAUUACCGCAAGUUCUCCACAUAUCUGGCCAUCCUCAACAAUGACACCCACAACAGACAAAGUCAAACUUUCAAGGAGAACUUCUCUCGCCUGAAGAAGAUGGUGCUUGUUGGGGGUCCAGAUGAUGGUGUUAUCACUCCUUGGCAAUCUAGUCAUUUUGGGAUGUACAAUGGCAGCGAAGUGGUUCUCCCAAUGCAAGAGCAAAGGUGGUACAAAGAGGACAGCUUCGGGCUACGCACCCUGUACGAGCGGAAGGCAAUUACGACCUUCACCUACAGCGGGGUUCAACACAUCCACUGGCACUCCGAUAUGGAUGUAUACAAGAAGAGUGUGGAACCGUUCCUCACAUAGACAGUGUGUGGGGAUUAACUGCCGUGUUCACAUUGCGUGUGGAUGUCUUCAAGCAGAGCAUGGACCCAUUCCUAAUGUUGACAGAGUUUGGUAAUUAAUGGCCCUGUUGACUUUGUGUCAGUUUAGAUUGCAGCCAAAAGGGGACGUGGUUAACAAUGAUUUUCAAGAGGUGUUCAGUUUAUGAAAUGUAUUUAUUUUACUGAAGUAUGAUUGUUUUAGGUUGUUCUGUGAUUUUGUUAUUGCUAAUAGAUAAGGAUUUUUAAAUGUAUGCAAAAUGAAACAUUUCUUAAAGGACUUUAGUUGAUAGUAAUCAAAACUACAGCUGAAUUUCAAGAGUUGAAUUGAAGUGCUUGUACACUGUUGUGGUGAGCUUUUGCACUUAAUCAAAAAUAAUUUUGUAAUCAAAUAGUGAAACGCAUUUGAAGAUCCCAACACAUAUCCUGUUUUAAGAAGAUUUAAGUGUGACUAAUCUUGAUUUGUUUUCUGAAGUUAGAGACAAUGUUUCUUCUGUGUUUUACUUUUGCCUUGAAAUCUUGCUUUUAGACCUGGUUGUAGUAAGUUGGUUUUAAUCAUGAUAUUUUAUCGACAUUAUUUAUCAAUGUACAUAGGAACCCUACUUUUGCAUUUUUAGUGAGAUUUACUCUGUCUAGAUGUUGAUUUUUUGUUUUACUUUUAAUAGAGAAUAUAAGAGUUGUUUUAAUCCUAUCUGUAGCAAUCACUGACUUGAGAUCAAAUACUAAAAUCAAUAAUAUUGCAUGCUUUACAUCAGUGUGGAGAACUGUUUCAAAAAGAAAACUCUACAUUGAUAUAUAACAUGCACAAUUAUUGAUAUAUUGGUGAAUUAUUCCAAUGAUGUUUGUUCAAUGAUUGGAUGUGAAGUUUUCUUGCUUAAUUAUCGUGGAUGUUAAUCAACAUUUAAGGAAUGUUUCCCAGAUACAGUGAAGCUCUGUUAUUCCAGGAAUUAGCUGCACAGCUCAAAAUGCAUUUCUGUAUUCUUUGAUACACAGUGUUUGUGACUUAUACAUGUUUCCAACAACUACCAUCCAGAAGGCAGAGAUUCUGAAUUAACAGGAUCCUGUCUAAGAGGGUUCCCCUGUAGAGAGGGUGUCAUCUUCAUUCCAGCUCAGACAUACUGCAGUCUCAUGUGUCUUCCAAACAGAGGGUAAUCUGAUGUGAAUACUAUGCAAUCAAAGAGAGAUUACUUGUGUUAGCUGAGUGAGACAAUAUGCAGAUUUGUUUCUCGGACCAAGGAGUGUUUUGAUGAGCAGAAAAUAUCUACCAAAUUUACACCAGCUGGAUAUGGAUGCCGUAUUUCAACAUGUUAUAUCAGCAAUGUUUCUGGUAUAUAUCUUGGUUAUGUUUCUGGUAUAUAUCUAGGUUAUAUCAGCUGUUUCUGGUAUAUAUCUAGGUUCUGUCAGCUAUGUUUCUGGUACCGUAUAUAUCUAGGUUAUAUCAGGUAUGUUUCUGGUAUAUAUGUAGGUUAUAUCAGCUAUGUUUCUGGUAUAUAUCUAGUUUAUAUCAGCAAUGUUUCUGGUAUAUAUCUAGGUUAUGUCAGCUAUGUUUCUGGUAUAUAUCUAGGUUAUAUCAGCAAUGUUUCUGGUAUAUAUCUAGGUUAUGUCAGCUAUGUUUCUGGUAUAUAUCUAUGUUAUAUCAGCAAUGUUUCUGGUAAUAUCUAGGUUAUAUCAGCAAUGUUUCUGGUAUAUAUGUAGGUUAUAUCAGUUAUGUUUCUGGUAUAUAUCUAGGUUAUAUCAGCAAUGUUUCUGGUAUAUAUGUAGGCUAUAUCAGCUAUGUUUCUGGUAUAUAUCAAGGUUAUAUCAGCUAUGUUUCUGGUAUAUAUCAAGGUUAUAUCAGCUAUGUUUCUUGUGUUCAUGGAAACAAUGUAUGAGACCAACAUAAACUUUGUUAUAAUGUCAAACAGAAUAUGCAAUCCUAGUCAUAUAAUUUUGAUAUUAUUGGAAAUGUAUUAUUUUUUAUUGUUGUCAACACUGACUGGUAAAGGUGGACACUGUGAUAAUUACCUCCCUUUGUCAUCAAUAUUUAUCCUGUAGUCUUUUCACAUCACCUGUACAUACCUGUGACAAUUAGUACACGAGUACACUGGGUGCACAUCAGCAUCUGUAGCAUGUCAUGAUACCCCAUGGAUCAUGUCGUCGAUCAUGUAGUGGACCUAUUAUUCAAAGACUUUAUCAAUCAUGGAUAUUGAUACUUUCUAUUUGUAUUUUGCUGUACAGGGUAAGUAUUUUUUUAAGAACCAUUGUCCGAGGUGUUACGAUUACAAUUAGAAAAGAUGGUGAAUGAGAUGACUGAGCUUCCAUAACAUGUUACGUCUUUCUGUAUGAAUACUUCAAAUUCCUUGCAUUAUAAUCAACUGCACAUUGUAUAACUGUGUAUCAACAGCGAAUGACCUCAUGUCAUAUCCUUCCAGACGUGCAAUUUAUCUUGUGCUCAGUAACAUGUCUCUACAAGGGAGUUCAUCUUUGAACAGUUUUUUGUUCUAUUUAUUUUUAUAUGUAGCAUUGGUUGACUGAUAGGAGUGUAUUACAAAGAGUUACUGAUAAACCUGUGAUGCAGUGUAAAGAUAUGCUAUGUCCAGCUCUGUUGUCUGGGGUGACAUACAGUUUUCAUGUUAAGGUGUGGUACUAUUCACCGGUGGUACGUGGUCCUGUGCACAGCAAACAGGUCACAAAUCAAGUUAAGCAAUGUCGGUCGCGGAGAGUCCUUGGAUGGGUGGCCGCUUUCGUCAGUUUGGCUCCUGAGAGUUUCGGGCUUCAGUCAAGCCCCACACUGAAGCACAUUGAACAAAUAAACAGGUGUGUACCAUCAAUCUGGGAAAGAGCCUGCCUACCAAAAGAAGCAUACAACCUCCUAUUGCCGCCAUGACCAUAACAUGAGAUGUGCAGCAAAGCAGUGUGCAUGUAAAGGGAAGUAACUGUGUGCUAUAUUGGAUUGCAUUGGAUUUAAGUAUUAGGGUUUUUUAUUUUUUUAAAAAUGGAAAUUAAAACAAAACCUGCAACAGACUUUAUGAUGAUGCAGGCAUUGCCUGAGAACCAAGACUAAUAUUUUUUUAGCCUGAAUGAAAAUAUCUUCAUGGCUCCCUCUACAGUGUGUGGUUCUGCAAUCCAAGUGAUGUACAAAGGUUGGGCACAAGAGAACACAGUUCCUGGAAGUGUGCAAUAUUGUCUUCUCUGUUUUUUUAAGAUAUACACCAUGUGUUUCUGCAUAUUCACAGGUUCUGUGACUUGUUACUCUGAUCUGAGGCAUAUUUCAUAUUUAUGGUAGAUUGCGCUAUUGUUUGUCGAUAAACAACAAAUAAGAAAAACAACUCUCAAGACGAUUUUGUGUAAACUAUCAUCAACCCUACUUUAAAAAGGAACCUGGGGAUGAUAGUUUAGGACAAACGGUUUGAACAUUUCUACCACAAAUUUGAAACCUGACACAGUAACAUGGAGUCCCAGAUGAAAGCUUACCUUUAUCUGUUAUGGAAUUUAAUGUGUUUCAUGCUCAAUUGUAAAUUUUGGUUUCCCACGUUUUCUUUACUGUGUGUUGGCCUUCAUUUUCACCUUUUGUACAUUGCAAGGGAGGUAACUCUAAAUGCAUUUCUCUGGCCUGACAAGAUGUAUUGCUGUUGCAACAUAAAAUGGAAUUAUGAACAUAUUUUUUCCUCACUAGUCAAGGACAAGCAGAACAUGACGUGCUAGGCUAGUCUUAUAUCGUUGUUAUGGGAUUCAGGGUCCAAAUAAGUCCCUCAGCUUGUACCAUGAGGAUCAGAUGUACCUCGUAUCCCAACAUGGACCCCUGCUCUGCAGUGCCGUAGCCAGCCGGGGGGCAGGGGGGAAGUUGCCCCCCUGGAUUUUUUAUAGAAACAGUUUUAUUUAAUUAAGUUGGGGACAAGUGACUCUUGUACAGAUAUUUGCCCUCCCUGUCAGAAAGUGUUAACUACGGCCUUGCUCUGGCUAUCAGCCAAUGGGAAGUAGGGUCCAUACUUGAUCACAUUACUCUUUCCUUCCUCUCCUUAUUUGGGGCAAUGGGGUAGCCUAGUGGUUAAAGGGUUCACUUGUCACAGGUUUAAUUCUCCUCUAAGGUGCAAUGAGUGAAGCCCUGGUGAGUUUGCAGGAAUAUUGCUAAAAUUGGUAUAAAAGCAAUUAGAUUAGGUUUAUCCGUAUGCAUUUUUCCGAGGCAAGAGAGUUAACUGACUGGAUGUAAAAGUCCAGUUUCCACCCUUGCUGAACUAGGAUGGAAUUCCUGGGCUCGAUCGUAGUGUGGCCAGUGGCUAUUAGGACUUUUGUCCCUUCUAUAUCCCUCCUAUUGACCAAUAAGAUCCCACCUCUCAUAUCAUUUGCAUUUGCUUCAAAUAAAAUGUCGUUGCCCAGUGAAGACAAUCUUAUUGAUAGUCAAGAUCUAUAUUGUAUAUAAAACGGGUCUUACUUCACAAAGUGCAUCAAUUCACGUGAGCACCUUGAUUAAACACAUGAAAAAAAUGGAAAACAUCUUUUGGCCUAAGUUGUCGGACCACAUGCUUUGCAAAUCCUGCAAUUGACGGAAAUCUACACAACAGUUUACGAACCAGAUGUCGAUUUCAUUACGCAAUUUUGAUUGGACUAUGCAUAGACUCAUUUUUCAAGCCAAAAUGUAGCUCCAUAAUUCCAACCUAGUUCGGCAAGGGACUUUUAUAGUCAGUUAACUCAGUUAACUUGCCUCAGGAAGAUCAGUGUGAAGCCAUCAAUAUAUAUUUUUGUUACAAAUUAUGUCUGUACUGUUGUUGGUAUAUGUAAAUACACAUUUACAUAAUUACUCGUUUUCUCCACUUUUUUGCACAAUAAUUUAUGACAAAGAAUUGUUAUUUUACAUGACCUAAACCAGUAAUUUCCCUUGAGAUGUGACUUGUUCAUGUUUUAUUACAUUUUGAAAGACGGGAUUAUUUUCCCAAUUUCUAUGCAACUGUUUCCAUUUUUUUGAAUGUGACUGUUUCCAGUAUCUGUGCAUGUGGCGUUCAAGUAAAGCCUACUGUCACCCUGACACCUAACAGGAAGAUUACGUUUUUCCUAUCA